UGACGUCAGUCAAAACAAAUUUGAUUAUGGCGGAUCUAACGAAAGUCGAAAUGCUACCUGGAUUUUGAUAGUUUUAAACAAAAAACAGCAUAUAUUCAUUAGAUAGAGUUAAUUGAUUAGAACAGAUAAAAUUCAGGUGAGAAAUAAUUGCUGAAUAUAUUAAAUAUAUAAAAAUAGUACUGCACUAUCGAAAACCGGUGACACCAGGAUGCAUUUUAAGGUAGCUCCUUACCAAGGUUAAACCGGGCAAGGUUGUCACUAGAAAUUAUUGAAGACGAGUCCCGGACUCGUGGUUUAUAAGCAGCUUGAGUCCCACGAAAAUUUGAUGAGUCCCAUGAAUAUCUAAUGAGCCUUUUUUAUAUAAGACAAUACGCAAGUUCCGAGAUAUCAACUCUUCUCUGAUGGAGGUACAUUCAGUAUUCCGUUGAACGCUUAGGUGGGUACACAGGGUUCGAAAUUAACUUUUUCAAGCACUAGUCUGUACGGACUAGUAACUGUUGAUGUUCACUAGUCAGCAAAGCAUUUCACUAGUCCGUCCAGUAUAUAAUAAAAUGAUCUUCAUUUUAUUCAAUAGUAUUUAAUCAAAUCAAACACAUCACAGUUGCAAACAAUUCAAUUUCUGACACCUAUAGAAGAAAAAGAGACCACCAUAUUUUAUUUCGCAUUCAAGAUCUUCAGAAGCAUACAAUAUUAACCUCCGAGUUAAUCCUUUUAUAAAUGUCCAUAAGUGCGUUCGAGAUCAACGUUCCUGUUGAUUUGGUGCUCAGAUCUUAAAGUCACAAGAGUUCAAAAUUUUAUCAAUAAAGUAAAAAAAAUUCACUCGAUUGACCAAGUCAUGAGCACUGUGUUAGAGUCACGAAUGUCGAGAAAAUGUGCGCACAAACGUGCAUGUUCUCAGACCACACUACUUGCAAUUCUUGCUCCUAGAACACGUUCUCGUGAUGUGUACUCGACGUUUGGAAUCGGCAGGAAUUUGACAAUUUGUGCACGUUCGAAGAACGGCGGUCUCGAACACACUCCUUGUGUUAGGAAGAUCAGGCUUUCAUAGUCAUGCAAACACUUGACCAUGCAGGUAAUCAACCAUAAGUUCAAACGGACUAGUACUAUAGAGAGUUCACUAGUCCGACACGUUUUUUACUAGUCUCGGACUUACGGACAUGAGUUAAUUUCGAACCUUGGUACAAGAUGUAUACUAAUGUUAUAGACUAGCUAUGUAAAUAAGGAUAAAAGUUAUUAAAGUGUUUAUAUCGGGGUCGGUGUAAUUACCUGAUAAGUGUAAUGACCUGAUGGGCAAUAAUUCUAUCGACUUCUGGAGAACUCGUUCCCAGGAGAACUCGUACCCGGUAGGGCUGCAACGAUUCAGGUACAUCACGGUUCGGUUCGAUUUUCAAUUCUUGGGCCACAAUUCGAUUAUUUUCGAUUCAAUUCCAUAGUUGUCAAAAACUCUAAUAAACAAUAAAAAAUAUACAACUUUCAUGUUUUUAUUUCAUUAUUCCCCAUGAAAAUCAUUGUUUUCAACAACGGAAUAUGGUCUCAUGUCACAUGCUAUAAAAUAUCCAAGAGCAUUGGUAAUUUAUUUCUGUGAAACAAAUUCUACAUACUGCUGCAGUUCCGUUCUCUUUAAAACCAAAAUGCUUCCAUGCAGGGGACCUUAGAUUUGCUAAAAGGUUUUUAAUCACGAUUCCCGAGUUAGCGUCCGCCAUUUUUGUUGUAAUAAAUUGUAAAGUAAAAAACCAAAUCCGCGUUGAAUUCUUUAUUUCCGGAAAAAAAUGUAAACAUGAACCGAAUCGAAAUUUGAAGAUGUUGAACCGAAUGCUGUGAAUCGCGGUUCCAGUGAACCGUGAUUAAUUGUUUCAGUCCUAGUACCCGGGUACCCAUUAAUAUCUGGGUACGAGUUCUCCUGGAGAAAAACUUUGUCAUUUUAUGAAAUAGAAAUGUGGGUACGAGUUCUCCUAAAGAAAAACUUGUCAAUUGUAUUAUAAAAAUCUGGGUACGAGUUCCCCCAGAGAAAAAGCAUAAGUCAUUUUAUCGGAUAAAUCUGGGUACGAGUUCUCCUACAGAAAAAACUUUGUCAUUUCUGUCAUAAAAAUCUGGGUACGAGUUCUCCCGGAGAAAAAACAUAAGUCAUUUUAUCGGAUAAAUCUGGGUACGAGUUCUCCUGCAGAAAAAACUUUGUCAUUUCUGUCAUAAAAAUCUGGGUACAAGUUCUCCCGGAGAAAAAGCAUAAGUCAUUUUAACGGAUAAAUCUGGGUACGAGUUCUUCUACAGAAAAAAUUUUGUCAUUUCUGUCUUAAAAAUCUGGGUAUGAGUUUCCUGGUGAAAAACUUCGUCAUUUUGUCAUAUAAAUCAGGGUACGAGUUUUCCUCCAUGUGCCGGAGAAUAGAGGUCUGCUAUAAAAAUACAAUGUCACAGGUUUAAAAUUGGUGUUUAAUUGCAAUAAUUAUACUAAUUAUCGUCUCAAGCCAAACAGCAAUUCAAAUGAAAAACAAAAACAACAAACAAGUAUGGUCAUUGCAUUUAUUUUUUUUAUUCAAUUGAAAGUCAUGUUCAUAGUAAAUUAUGUAUAUAUGAAAUCCUUGAUUUUUUCAAGGAGAAGUAGUACCCAGAUUCCAAUACCUAAAAUGGUAAUGAGAUAAACUCGUAUAAAAAUUUUGAUUACUAUAUAAUGACAAACUUUUUCUCCAGGAGAACUCUUACCAGAAUUUAUAUGACAAUAAAGACAUAGUUUUUCUCCAUGAGAAUCCAUUUAAGAAAAUGAUUAAGUUUUUUUUUUCUCCGGGAGAACUUGUACCUAGAUUUUUAUAACAAUUUUUUUUCCUCCAGAACUCGUACCCAGAUUUAUCUGAUAAAAUGACAAAGUUUUUUCUCUAGGAGAACUCGUACCCAGAUAAAUAUCCGAUAAAGUGACUAUGUUUUUUUUUUUUCGGCAGAACUCGUACCCAGGUUUUUAUAACAGAAAUGAUAAAGUUUUUCUCCAGGAGAACUCGUACCCAGAUUUUUAUAAUACAAUACUUAUCAUUUCCAUUAGUGGAACUCUUCAAAUUAAAGGCGCGUAAAGUUGUGCUACCGGGACAACAUACGUAAACAUUACUUAGGCAUACGUAAUAUAAAUUAUGAUAUCGAAUACAUAUUAUAACCAACUGCAAACCACGACACUGAUUAAUAUUCUAAAGGCAAAUUUAGGAAUUGGUUAUUCUUACAAGAAAAUGGACGAACUUAUUAAACUAUGUGAAUCAUUAGAUUUAAUGAUGCUAAAUCUGCCAAAUCUGACCGAUAUCCGUGGCGGAUUUAGAGGGGGCGCAGCUAAAAUUUUCAAAUUUAAGGUAAAUCGCGGUAUCUUGAUUCUGAAAAUGUACUAAAUGAUAAUAGAAGCAAUAAAUUCUUCUACUCCCGGAGAAAUAAAUGACAAAAUCUUUUGAUUUCUUGAAUUACUUUAUUGAGAGAACUUAAUUUUUUUCCAAAAAAACCCUUAAAGAUGCAUAUGCUCCAAUUUUCAUACUAAUUUUUUAUAAAAAUAUUAUUACUACGGUAUUCUAUGAAUAAAAAAACCUAAAAAACUCUAUUAAACAUGUAUUCAAAAAUCUAUGGUUUUAAAGAUAUAAAUGAAAAUAUUUUCAAAAGACAGUCUGUCCUUUUUGAAACUCUGUCUUUCCGAAAGAAGCCGAAUGCUGACCACGUGACCGUCUUAUUAGCAUAUCGCGCGAUAAACAAAACAAAAAUGGCGGAAGACGAAGUAAGAGAAAAGAAAGCGAAAAAAAGAGGAGGGAGAGUAGCCACUCUAACAUCAGAGAGAAAAAGAAGGAAGAAGGAGUACAACCAGAAACUGGCAGGAAGUAGAAUUUACAUUGGAGGAGCAAUUGAGAAGUGGAAAAGUCUUCAACAACAGACGAAAACGAAGACGGAGGAAGAAAUGGCGACAAUGUUGCUGGAACGAUUUGAAAAUGAAGCAGCUUUUAAAGAACCCCAGAGCGUCCACACCUCUAUGGCCAUGAAAACUUCUACACCAUCCAUCAUAUCAAGAUUAAAAAACAAAGAAUAUGACAGAACACCAUCCAUGUCAGAGAUAUCUGCUGAUUCAGAACAAGAACCUAUGUCAGGAGUGGAGGAAUUGCAUGUUUCCGGUCCUGAAGAUCCAGGUACUAGAAAAAAGAUUACCAGUAUGAAACCUACUGCAGAAGCUCCACUAACUAGCCGUUCUCGCAAACCAAAGAAGUGGUCAGAUUCAUUUUGUGAUCCUUUGAACUUGUCCAUUGACAUCUCAGUACAAGACUCAGAUUUAGAGGCAGUAGACUCAGAAGAGGAUGACCCAAACUACCAGCCAAGUUUUGAUGUCACAGCUAUUCUACCAGAUGAUGUGAACAGUAUGGCAGAAGAUGUGGCCUAUGAAGAGGUUGAGUUUGGGUUUGAGUUGCCUGGCAAUGAUGGUCAACUGGAAGGUCCAGAUAUUGAGAUGGGAGUUCUUCCAGGCGUCCACAGAGGGAGAAUGCAGAGAAUUGACUACGGCUUUGAAAUGUAUUGCAUUCAUUGAUCAGAUAAAGGAGUUGACUAAGAUACAUGUACCACGAUGCACAGAACAAUCAUGCAAUAAACCUAUACAGAUUAAGGAGUCUUAUGUUGGAUCUGCAUUGCACUUGAAAUGGAUUUGUGAAGAAGGCCAUGUAAGUCACCACUGGUGUUCACAGCCUCAGUUAAACCGACGGCUACAUAGUGGAGACUUCCUAAUUUGUGGUUCCAUCCUGACCUCUGGAAAUAAUUAUGGAAAAUUGGCAUUGUGGGCA